AUGUCUGAGAUUUUGAAGGCAGGCUAUUCGGGUAGUUUCUGUUCAUCUGUUCUGUAUAACAGCUCUCUUCCUCCUUCUCAAAUUAGCUAUCACAGAGCCAUAUGGAGUAGUCUCAAUCUUCCAAAGCAUCGAUUUAUGCUAUGGCAGGUUGUGAAUGCUCAUUUAUUAACAAAGGACAACUUGAGUAAAUUUCAUAUAGUCUUAGAUUCCAUUCUUUGUCCUGUUUGUGGUGACCAGCCUGAAUCACAUCAGCACUUAUUUUUUAAUUUCUACCUUUCUCGACGAGUGGUGGAGUUAGUGUUCAAAUGGCUGGGUUUCAGAGGGUGGCCGGUGGAGUUUGAUAGUUGGUUAUCUUGGAUUUUGCUGAAAGCUUCUGGUAUUGUGAGACUUACUAGCAUAGCAGUUCGUGCAGCAACUUGCUAUUGUCUUUGGCUGAACAGAAAUAGAUGUGUCUUUGAAGGCUUCUCCAAAUCUGAAACUUUGAUUGCUUUUGAUGUAUAG